AUUGCACCUAGGUAAUCUCGCGAGACGACCAAAAUGCGUAGAACGGAAGCCGCCAGGAGUGAGUCUCAGUCAGCGUGCCGAAUGCCCAUUUGAACAAGAACAACAGCAACGAGGGACGGUGGAAGAGCGGCCCAGCAUUAAUAUUCCAACUAAAAGUCAACAUUGAUGGAGUGGCAGCCAGAUGAGCAAGGGCUCCAGCAGGUCCUCCAACUGCUUAAGGACUCGCAGUCGCCCGACACAACUACACAGAGAGCCGUCCAACAAAAACUUGAACAACUAAACCAGUUCCCUGACUUCAACAACUAUCUCAUAUUUGUCCUCACAAGACUUAAAACAGAAGACGAGCCUACUCGCUCGCUCAGCGGUCUGAUAUUGAAGAACAAUGUUAAGGCCCAUUACCAGAACUUCCCGCCAACUGUUGCCGACUUCAUCAAGCAGGAAUGUGUCAACAACAUUGGUGACCCCUCUCCGCUCAUCCGUGCCACCAUUGGUAUCCUGAUCACAACAAUUUCCUCCAAGGGGGAACUGCAAUCAUGGCCUGAGCUCCUUCCUCAGCUCUGCAACCUGCUAAACUCUGAGGACUAUAACACAUGCGAGGGCUCGUUUGGAGCGCUGCAGAAGAUCUGUGAGGACUCGUCUGAGCUGCUGGACAGUGACGCUUUGAACAGACCGCUCAAUAUCAUGAUACCGAAAUUCCUUCAAUUCUUCAAGCACUGCAACCCAAAAAUUAGGUCCCAUGCGAUAGCCUGUGUAAACCAGUUCAUCAUUGGCAGAGCACAGGCCCUAAUGAACAACAUUGACACCUUCAUAGAGAGCCUCUUUGCGCUGGCAGCAGAUGAGGACUCUGAAGUCAGAAAGAAUGUUUGCCGGGCUUUGGUCAUGCUUCUGGAGGUCCGUAUCGAUCGUCUCAUCCCUCACAUGCACAGCAUUAUACAGUAUAUGCUCCAGCGCACACAGGACCCGGAUGAAAACGUAGCUCUGGAAGCCUGUGAGUUUUGGUUGACUCUAGCAGAGCAGCCAAUCUGCAAAGAGAUGCUGUCAGGACACCUGGCGCAACUGACGCCUAUCUUGGUAAAUGGAAUGAAAUAUUCAGAGAUAGACAUCAUACUGUUGAAGGGAGAUGUGGAGGAAGAUGAGGCCGUACCAGACAGCGAUCAGGACAUCAAGCCGCGUUUCCACAAGUCUCGCACUGUGACUUUGCAGCAUGAAGGUUUAGAACGUGGCGACAGUGAGGACAUUGAAGAUGAUGACGACGAUGACGACGACACACUGUCUGACUGGAACCUCCGGAAGUGUUCAGCAGCAGCAUUGGACCUGCUUGCCAAUGUGUUUCGAGAUGAACUGCUACCCCACCUGCUUCCACUCUUGAAAGAACUUCUCUUCAAUCCUGACUGGGUCAUAAAAGAGUCUGGCAUCCUUGUAUUGGGUGCAAUUGCUGAGGGCUGCAUGCAGGGCAUGGUUCCCUACCUGCCUGAGCUCAUCCCUCACCUCAUCCAGUGUCUCAGUGACAAGAAGGCUCUUGUACGCUCCAUCGCCUGCUGGACCCUUAGUCGUUAUGCACAUUGGGUAGUCUCCCAGCCCCCAGACUCUUAUCUCAAGCCCCUCAUGACAGAGCUUCUUAAGUGCAUCCUCGACACAAACAAGAGGGUUCAAGAAGCUGCCUGCAGCGCGUUUGCCACCUUAGAAGAGGAGGCAUGCACAGAGCUUGUACCAUAUUUGAGCUUCAUUUUGGACACGCUGGUCUUUGCUUUUGGAAAGUACCAGCACAAGAAUCUACUCAUCCUCUAUGAUGCCAUUGGAACGCUGGCAGAUUCGGUGGGACACCACCUUAAUCAGCCAGAGUAUAUCCAAAAGCUGAUGCCCCCUCUUAUUGCAAAGUGGAAUGAGCUCAAAGAUGAGGACAAGGACCUAUUUCCUCUUUUGGAGUGCCUGUCUUCGGUUGCCACUGCACUGCAGAGUGGGUUCCUGCCUUACUGUGAGCCUGUCUACCAGCGCUGUGUCACACUAGUCCAAAAGACUUUAGCUCAGGCUAUGAUGUACAACCAGCAUCCAGAUCAAUAUGAGGCUCCUGACAAGGACUUCAUGAUAGUGGCCCUGGAUUUGCUCAGUGGUUUGGCAGAGGGUUUGGGAAGUCACGUGGAGCAGCUUGUGGCACGGUCUAAUAUCAUGACACUGCUUUUCCAGUGCAUGCAGGAUACGAUGCCUGAAGUGAGGCAAAGCUCUUUUGCUCUGUUGGGAGAUUUAACGAAGGUCUGCUUCAUGCAUGUUAAGCCUUGCAUUGCUGAGUUUAUGCCCAUCCUUGGCCUUAAUCUGAACCCAGAGUUUAUUUCAGUGUGCAACAACGCUACAUGGGCCAUUGGGGAAAUUGCCAUGCAAAUGGGUGCAGAGAUGCAGCUUUAUAUUGGAGUGGUUUUGCCACAUUUGGUGGAGAUCAUCAAUAGACCUAAUACACCAAAGACCCUCCUGGAAAAUACAGCCAUAACAAUAGGUAGACUGGGUUAUGUCUGCCCUCAGGAAGUGGCGCCACAGCUUCAGAAUUUCAUCAGGCCAUGGUGCACAUCGCUGAGGAAUAUCAGGGAUAAUGAAGAAAAGGAUUCAGCCUUCCGCGGAAUCUGCGUGAUGAUCGGUGUCAAUCCAGCUGGUGUUGUGCAGGACUUCAUUUUCUUCUGUGAUGCUGUGGCAUCCUGGGUCAACCCCAAGGAUGAUCUGAGAGACAUGUUUUAUAAGAUCUUGCAUGGCUUUAAGGACCAGGUCGGUCAAGAGAACUGGCAGCAAUUUUCAGAACAGUUCCCUCAUUUGUUGAAGGAGCGCCUGUCAGCAUGCUACGGCGUCUAACAAGUCCACUCUGGAUGCUGACUUGAUCGGGAAGGGUUACCGGGGGACUCAUUGCAUUGCCCAGCGUAGCAGGGAAAAUGAUCUGGAGGGACGUGACGGGCCUCCACUUGGCAGAGGAUCCUCUUCCCCCCCUUUCCUUGUUCCCUGUGUCUCUGUGAGGGAGGGAGGGAGGGAGGGUGGUUGAAGGGUGGUGGGUGAGGGAGGGUAAACUUAGGGAUAUACGUAUACCUCUUGGAUUUCAAGCCUCACAAAAUCCAACAUGCUCAAAAGUGACUUCACCAAUAGCACCACAGGGAUUAAAGUUCAUUGGUGUCUCAAGCGGGUUGCCUUGACCUCCCCCUCCUCAAAUUAGUCCCCCCCCCCCCCCCCCCCCCCCCCAAUAGUUUCAUGGGGAGGGGGAUGUCAGAAAGGUACAUUAUAGUGAAAUGUCUGAACCAGCAUAGGGUGCCAAAGUCCCAAAUCUCCCAAUUCACACUGUCAUUGACGCGCAAACAUCAGUGUGUUAAAACGGGCUUGUGUGACUAUAUGAUUGCAAGUCAGCUCUCGGCUUUGCCAGAGGCUAAACAAAAGUUGCUUUUACUAUGUAAUAAUGCAGGAAAUGUGCAUAAAUAUUUGCACCUUUUUACAGGUAACAAAUGCAUAUUCCGUUGGGGGUGCAUAUACUUGGGUCUUUGCCUCUAGUCAUUUGUACGUUUAUGCUGAGUUAUCUGAUCUCCUCUUUAUUGAUGCAUGUUAAAUGAAUUUCUUGAUUUAUAGUCAUAACAGGGAGGCUGUCAAAACAUGUAGCAAUCAGGCUGCUUUUUUCCCCUAUCCCACCUCACACCCGUAUAGCAGUUGGCGUCCCUAUUGUUCAAUGGAGGCUGCGUAAAUACCAACUAUAUGUAGAUUCACACUUAAAGGUGAGCUAACAUACUGUAGGCAGGCUAAGAAUUCUUUUGCUGCUUAAUUUCUUUAAUGACUUUUAAAAUGGACAUCAGAGAGAUGAGUCAAAAAUAACUCUGUUCUUACUGAUAUAAAUGCACUUUUUUUCUGUUGUAAGGAUAGUAGUAUUUACAAGAAUAUACUGAUCUUGCGGGGUUAUUUUGAAGGGAUUCUCGAACUGUCUGACUUGUUAAAGUAAUAUUAAGCAAUGAUAAAAUGAUAGCUAAGACGUGGGGCCUCUAAACAGUAAUGAUUUAGCUUGUCCCAAGAAUAAAGGGUGAUUAUUUCAGUAUUUUGCAUGUUGCAGUGCGGCGCGGCGCUGUAGCCUGUAUCUAUGCGAUAAGUUUUUACCCCUCAAAUUUGUUUUUAUUUCCGGGGGCAAAUGAUAGACAUUACAACCAUCAUGAACCUUGCAUGCUUUCCAUGAAGUGUUACUUUUUUUUUUUUUAUAUAUAUAAAGACAUUUUACAUUGGGCCCCUCUUUUGAGGGAGUUGCGCUUAAGCUUUGUUGAUGGCAAUAUAAAUUUUGUGCUGGACUAAUGGAAGACUGUUCCAGCAUAUGACCCAACUAGUAAUUAUCGCCAGCUGACAUGUUAUUCCAUCUGUAGACACUGUGUGCGUUAUGCCUAGAAAUACACUGAUCCCAAUAGUUCUACAUGACACUGGAUAGCUGGAGAAAGCAUUUUUUUUUUUUUUUUUUUUUUGAAUCCAGCUUUGUCUUCUAGCCAUUGUCCAUAGUGGACGAUUGUAUUGGAAGUGUGUAUGGCUGUUAGCCUUAUGGGUGUGUUGCUAUAAAGGUGUUUGUACGCCAGUACUGCUUACAUGUUGUUUUGCACCAGCCCUACCCUAAGGUAAUGUGCCGGGCAUUGGUCGGGGAGGGAAGAGUUUGAGUGACCACUGCGAAUAUCAACGUUUGCUGGCCAGUUAACAUCAGAUUAAGCAUCUGAUUUAAUGACUGUACGGUAAAGGAAACUUCAACUCCAUUACUUCUUGUCCCAGAAUAUUAGCUAGCUUUAUAAAUUUUGUUUAUUAAACAUUUUUGGUAUGAAUUUAUGUAACACAAUUGCAUUGGCUCUUUUAAAGCAGCGAAAACACUCAAGGUGAUUAAUAAUGACAUCACUCAUGUAUUUGGUUGGCAAUAAUUGAGGCAGGAGGUGGUGUUGCAUAUUGUGAUACAUGAAGUUUUUUUUUUCUUAUUUUUAUACUAGUUAUAUUUUAAUUUUUUAUGUUUUUGUGCCAGCCGUGCACAAAUUUUUUUUUUGGACUUUAAAAGUUUUUUUCUUUUUAUUCUUUUCAUUUAAAGAAAUAUUUAUUUUAUAGUGGACCAUUUAUUUACAUCAAAUUUGAUGUUGUGGUUGACUGAAGGAGUAGGCUUGGCGCAUACCUUAGGGAGGACAGCUGAUUCAUAACUUUGUUUAAAUCUGAUAUCAAGGCUGGUGAGUUUCACCUCCCUUUUAGCUGUGGUGCAGGUGGGAUGUUUGUUGAUGUACUCCUUUUUAAUUUUGUCAAAAGGGGAAAAUAAAAGUUUUCUAUUACA